AUGGCCCCAUCGAUAUCCAUGUCCGCUCUGGCUGCUGGUUUGAAGGCUGAAGAUAUUUCUCCCCGCUCGGUUCUCGUCAGCAGAGGCGAAAUGCAGACCAGCUUGAGUCCCACGGGGGAGACCGGGAAGCCAAAAGUCCCUAUUCUGCCCUUCAGCGUAGAGGCGCUGAUGGCUGACAGGAAACCCAGCAAAGAGGUGCCAUCGCCGGAUCCUGCUUCUGUAGCCGGGACGUCCCAAGUGCUGGGAAAGGGAGCGCGGAUGGGUUCUUUUGGUAGCCUGGAUACACCAGUCUCGGCUUUACCUAUGAGCUCCACAUUUUCAGUGGGCGAGAUCAUGAACAUGCCCGAAGACGUGCUGAUUAAACCCGAGAGCCCGGACAGUAAAGACAGGACUUCAUGGAUACAGAGUCCACACUUUUCUCCCACAUCUCCAAGAAGGCUGAGUCCUCCUGCCUGUCCACUGCGAAAACACAAGACGAACAGAAAGCCCCGGACCCCCUUCACCACAUCCCAGCUGCUCGCCCUAGAGAGGAAGUUCCGCCAGAAGCAGUACCUUUCUAUCGCCGAGCGCGCAGAGUUCUCCAGUUCUCUCAACCUGACGGAGACCCAGGUUAAAAUCUGGUUUCAGAACAGAAGAGCUAAGGCCAAACGCCUGCAAGAGGCAGAACUUGAAAAACUGAAAAUGGCAGCAAAGCCUAUGCUGCCUCCGGCUUUCGGGAUUUCCUUUCCUCUCGGUACGCACGUCCCCGCGUCCUAUGCAGGGUCGCAUCCGUUCCAGAGGCACUCGCUGCCGGUUUCUCCUGUUGGACUGUACGCCGCUCACGUCGGAUACAGUAUGUAUCACCUCGCUUGACAAGGACGGAGGACGAGGGCAGCGAACAGCGGGACGCAAAAGGGGGGUUAAGGAUGUUUUGUGAGGGCCCCUAUUGAGAGGGGACCCCUUUGGACCAGUGAGGUGACACUGCACCACAUAAAGAAGCAUCCUGGUGCCGAGGUCAGUGUCACACCUUGUCAGGUGAGGGCGAGGCUUCUUCACAGACCCCCUUCUGAGGCUCUUGAAGUUUAGGCACUUCUCUAGACCUCGCCAGUAAAUUCCCACACCGCAAAAAUAAUCCAAUUCGUCAUUUAAGUGUGUUGUGCCGAAAUGAAUUUGAACGAAGAGAACAUAAACAAUGUAAAAUCUUAUUUGAAUAAAUAGGACGAGACUUUAAAUGACUUGGACAUUUUUGCGGUGCGGAGGUGGAAAACAGCUUAUACCUGUAGCCCUAUGAUAUAUCACUAAUGGACUUUUAAGUAUGGACUGUAGCGCUGUGGCCACACAGCUCACUCCUUCGCGAGUGCUUACAGCCAGGUGAGAAGGCGAAAGGGCUGCACAUCAGAGACUAUGCACCAAAAAAACCUUUAGGCUGGGCUUCUUUUUUAAUGGCAUCUGUAGGCUGCUGCCACACCACAACAUCCAUACUUUUCAUUUUCUUUCUUUCUUUUUGUUGCAUUCAUAUCAAUGCGUAACUAUAGUGGGUUACUAAAUCCAGUAUCAGUGAGUGCUCUUUUGUGAAUUUUGAAAACCACAGCAUUUUUUUUAUUAUUAUUUUUAUUAUUUUCUUAUGACAGCACUGUCUGUUGUCGGAUUGAUUCCCUUCGGAAGGGAUAACUGUACUGUAAAAUAAUGUAUAUUUGAAGAAUAUCCUCAUUUAUAUUAUGAAUAUAUUUGUGACAUAACUUAACAAUAAAUUGUUUAUUCUUUUUUCACUGAGAGGUUGCUCGUUUUGACUGACAGGGUGCACACUGUUGCGCCGACGGUGGUUAUAUCAAGAAUCUUUUUUUCUUUUUUUUUAGAUGAGGCGAAUUACUGUAAGGGAAAAAAAUCUAACUGAAAACUUGAGUCAGUAUUUAAUCUUUUUAAAGCCUUAAUGAAUAGAAAAAAAUAUUUCUUCUACUUAAAAAAAUCUCUAUCAGGUCUAUUAAGGAGUAGAAAUUAAAAACAGGCUUCUAAUGAGCUCGACGACGUGAACAUUUUAAUUAUUAUUUUUAUUUUAAAACGUCACAGGGACGAUUAAAGGCUUCAAGUGACCCAUACUGACAGAGUGACAAUAGAAAGCCCCACAUUUGCUUUAGUUUUCCUUGCAGUUGAGCCUGUCACACUCACUGUGCGCUCCGGCUGGCGUGCGCUGUGAAUUUAAACUUGUCACAUGUUAUUUGGUGGAUUGUAUUGCUACAGCUGUCGCCUCUUGCUUUGAAACAACUAACCUAGAUUUUGUUGGCGCCAGAAGAGUUUAGAGGGGGUGGAGAUUGCGGGAGAGGAAGAAAGAGAAAGAGAAGGGGGGGUGAGACAACCAGUUGUGCUGACUUCAAAACACACCGAUAAAUAUUGGGAGAUUGCUUCUCCGGGGCUAAACUCCUCGUAAACUAUCCGCUUGAGUGUCAUUAUGUGCAUUUAGGGUGUAAAACGAGCCGGGUGACACCUCAUUUUGAGGGGGAAGACAGGGUGUCAGGAGCCAUGUGGCACAUAAAGAAAACAUCUUAACCUGAAUUUGAACACCGGAGUCAUUUUCUGCCAUCAGGAGGAAUUAAAUGACAAAAACUGCGGAUCAGAUAAAGGAGGAGGAGGUGGAGAAGGGGGGGAUUACAGGCCACUCCACAGCAGUUUUAAAGGCUUUCUCUUGACUUCCCUGCCAUUCAAGCAGGGGUUAAACUCGAGUAAAAUAAUUGCUGUAAUGAGCAAAGGCAAUCUGCCACAGACGGAGGCCGGCUCCAGCGUGGCUGUAGCUCCAGGCAAGGCGGAACUUUUAUCAUUCCUAAAAUGUCAACGGGGGACUGGGACGGGCAACACUCCUCAGUGCGCCGUGAUUUCCUCCUCCUCAGUUCUGAAAGGUUUCUGUCCUGGAAAGUGUUCCCAUUUAUCCAGGCACUCUCAAAGACAGUUUCUCCUUCUUCUUCGAAGUUUUUGCAAUAUUACAGCUUUCAGUCUGAGUUCAGGUAAAGUGGUUUUUUUCUUUCGAUUUGAUUUAUACCCGUUUUUUUAAUUUCAAGUAUUUUUCUCAGAUAAUCUCGACUCCAGUCCAUCCAUGAGGGAUGAAUUAAUACAUAAUCCGCGACAAUAGGUUCAAAUCACACGGAUGAACGCUCUAUCUGAAAAAGAAGAGAAACUUGACACAAAAGAGCCUAAGGGGAUCGGCAGAUUCUUUGAAACUCUUUCAUUCUUUUGUCUCCAGCACUCUAUCUUGCCAGGAGCCAAACAGAAAACAAAAGUCACUUGUUUAGAUCAUCCAAAAGAUCACAGGAGGCUGUUUGACUCCGUAGUAAAACCUCUUGAUCCUCACGAAAGAAAAAUGGGUUAUUAGAUGCCGCCAAAGCAGCCUGGACAAAUGAUUAAGGAAUGGGCCUUUUACUCUGCAUUAAUUUUUCAUGUGGGAUAGGCCUGCGUUAUGUGGCUCUUUGGGCUGAAUUAUUAAAUAAAGUAUCUCAGAAAAAAAAAAUCACACACAAUUCGUGUUAGCCCUGAUCAAUUACGAUGAUCGGUGUGAAUUUGUAUUUUUAGGAAACAGCUAACUGAAAAAACACCGACUGGCCUUUCGUUGAAGCGUAUUUAGCCAUAGAGCAUGGGUUAAAACUGAUGGUUGUUCUCUAUUUUCAAAACAAUGCAAUUCAUUAUUUUACCCGUAUGCUCCUUGAUCAUUAAAGAAGCUUAGAGAAAAAAACCAAGUAGAGAUUAUGAAAGCACUUACAUCUGACUUAAAGAAAGUUUGGAGAUUUGUUACUGUAAUUUAAUGUUGUUUUCUAAAUAAACAAAAUUAUGGUA